UAUGACGUGAAGACAGAACACGGGGCACAACUGUCCCGUAAAGAGGAGGGCGAUGGACACGGAUCAGUCAGAGGCAGCUAUGGUUACAGAGAUGAUAAAGGCAUUGAACGACGAGUUGAUUAUGUGGCAGACAAGGGAGGCUUUAGAGCUGUGGUCAAAACAAAUGAGCCUGGUACUGCCAAGAAAUUGCUUUCCAAUGAGACCUCAGCAGUUCCUCAAUGGGCAGCACCACAGCUUCCACCUCAACCUCAACCUCAACCACAAAUACAAUCUCUAGACACAAGAGAGGUCAGAGGUUUAAGUAGCAACAAUUCAACUUUUUAUCGAGGUUACGCACCGCCGGGUGGUUAUAACAUUCCCCCUCAACCAUAUGUGAUGAAUAACUAUGGAUAUAAUGGACACAAUUAUGUGCCAAAUAAUGGAUAUGGAGGUAAUGGAUAUGGAAAUAAUGGCGGCUAUGGAGUUCCUGGGAUUAAACCAGGGCUCACUGUAGUGGAUGUGUUGGCUUUUGUGAUUCGAGGACCCAAUUCAUUGGAAGGCAAAUACGUUUACAUCAGAAUAGUUUUCAAAGAAUCACAAAUCGGCCGAAAAUGUUUUGGAUAUUUGGAUACAAGUAAUAUAAAAGUAGAUAACGUAAUGCUAUUGGUGGCCGACUUGGAUCAGGAAAAGCUAGUCGGCUGUUUUGCUGUCCCAUCCGGUUGUUUCGAUACGUUCAGAGCCAUCGCAACCACUAUAUGUCACGGCAUUGCUUUUGUCGCCUAA